UGAUUUGCUCCAGCCAAUCCCAGGCGGAAGGAGGGCUGGACGAUUUAAAAGUACGAGUCAAGUUGCAGUAACAUGUAGCUCCUCRUUUCAUUUUGUGAACAGCAACUUUGACGACCGCACCCCCAAUGGCAGCUUAAGACAAACAAGACAAACAAAUCGGGGCUCCAGGUGACUGAAACAGUUCAAGGAAUUUAACCAGGGCACACCGUGCGUAAAAGGCGCAGCGGAACUCUUGCUGCGGGGGUCCCUUCCCUUUUUCAUUUCUAACACAGUUUUGGAUUUUCACCUGUGCUGGACUGAUUGCAUUAUGUUAAAAAUGACAGAGGAGCACGAAAAGUCUCUCAACGACCAGCCGUGCAGUCCAUCAGGGACAAACAGCUCCAUGUCUCAGGACGAGUCCGACUCCGACGCGCCGUCCUCGCCAACGGGCUCCGACGGUCACGGAUCCCUGCUCAGCGGUUUGGGAAAGAAGCUGGACUCCGAGGACGAUGAGCGCUUCCCAGCCUGCAUACGGGACGCGGUCUCGCAGGUCCUUAAGGGAUACGACUGGUCCCUGGUCCCGAUGCCAGUGCGAGGGAAYGGGUCUCUGAAGAACAAACCGCACGUCAAGAGACCCAUGAAUGCGUUCAUGGUGUGGGCACAGGCGGCCCGCAGGAAGCUGGCGGAUCAGUACCCACAUCUGCACAAUGCUGAGCUGAGCAAGACACUGGGAAAACUCUGGCGCCUGCUUUCUGAAAGUGAGAAGAGGCCUUUCGUAGACGAAGCAGAGCGACUGCGGGUUCAGCACAAAAAAGAUCAUCCAGACUACAAGUACCAGCCACGGCGACGGAAGAAUGUGAAACCAGGCCAGAGCGACUCAGAUUCAGGGGCAGAGUUGGCACAUCACAUGUACAAAGCUGAGCCAGGGAUGGGGGGGCUGGCAGGAAUGCCUGAUGGACACCACCACCCUGAACACGCAGGGCAACCUCAUGGACCACCUACACCACCCACCACCCCCAAAACAGACCUCCACCACGGAGUUAAGCAGGACCUGAAGCAUGAAGGCCGCCGCCUCRCCGACAGCAGCAGGCAGAACAUUGACUUCAGCAAUGUGGACAUCAACGAGCUGAGCACUGAUGUCAUCAGCAACAUGGAGACCUUUGAUGUGCAUGAGUUUGACCAGUACCUCCCGCUGAACGGCCCCGCGUCRGGCUCCGCUGCCUUAUCCUCAGAUCACAGUCAUGGGCCGGUUCCAGUCCCAGGCAGCUCCUAYGCUUCCUCGUACGGCAGUGGUGUUUCAUCCUGGAGCCGAAAGUGCGGCAUGUCCUCCACUUCUCCCCCCGCCGGCGAGGUCGGCCAGCACCGCCUCCACAUAAAAACGGAGCAGCUGAGCCCCAGCCACUACAGUGAGCACUCCCAUGGGUCRCCGUCGCACUCUGAUUACAGCUCCUACAGCAGCCAAGCCUGCGUCACCUCGUCCACUUCGGCCGCCUCGAGUGCCGCGUCUUUCUCCAGCUCCCAGUGUGACUAUACCGACCUGCAGAGCUCUAACUAUUACAGUCCUUACUCUGGCUACCCCUCCAGCCUCUAUCAGUACCCCUACUUCCACUCAUCUAGGCGGCCCUACAGCAGCCCGAUCCUGAAUAGUCUAUCCAUGGCUCCGGCCCACAGCCCCACUGCCCCCAGUUGGGACCAGCCCGUCUACACCACUCUGUCUCGGCCUUAAAGGGGACCAGAAACAGUCUGUUUGCACCAGAGACUCAUUCAGUUUGAUGCACUACUAAUGAAGGACAUAAGGCAAAGGCGAAGAGCUGUACGAAGGGGCCUGUAGGGCCACCUGCGACCGUGUGAACGUGAAACAAACAAAAGAAAAAAGUGCCUGCUGAUUUUAUACAAAGUUCUAUUGUUGAGAUGAUGAAAAAAAACAAAACAAAACAAACACACACACUUGUACAGAGUUUUUACACAAAGAGAACUUGCGUGUGUCAUUAGAGAGCCAAACUCCUCCGUGAGGACACGUUACUUAAGCUGACAUCUUGUACAUCCCUGUCCUUUUUCAGUUUCAAAUUGCAAAAGCUCACCGUUAAGGUGAAGACCGGCUGCAGAAUUCUGCAGGAAUGAAAAUAGUUUGGCUAACAGUGCACACAGGACCAGAUAUGUUGAAGCUGCAGUAAAAUUUACAUGAAUGGCUGAAGCUACAUAUCGCAGCACGCUAUUUGCAUCAGUGAUUCAGCCUGAAAGGAGAGAAAAAAAAAA